GGGGCGCUGGUGCUCACCGUUCUUCUUCGUGUCGUUUGUCGGUCCGGCUAACGGAAGUGACCUGUCAAAAACGACUGCCGGGAUUAGCAGGGCAGGGUCUCAAAAAACUAUUAACAAAGGGUUCAUGUUUGUGUGAAGACUCGUAGCUAAGAAAAGGAUUUCUUUGUGCGGCAGCUGACGAGCCCACUGAUCAGCAAAAUGAGCAGCGCGGGAUCAGUGGAGAGUGGUAAACCUCCAAAGAUCGGCUCCGUAGUGGAGGUGACCGGUAAGGGACAGCGAGGCACUGUAGCCUACAUUGGCACCACCCUCUUUGCCUCGGGCAAAUGGGUGGGGGUCAUCUUGGACGAGCCGAAAGGCAAGAACGACGGAACGGUGCAGGGGAAGCGCUACUUCACCUGCGAGGAGAAUCAUGGCAUCUUCGUCAGGCAGUCUCAGAUCCAAGUGGUGGACGAGGGCUCCGGCUCCACCUCACCAGAAACUCCAGAGUCCACUUUGGCAAAGAUCCUGAAGCAGAAAGAAAUGGCAGAAACUCCCAAAACAACAAAGCAGACGCCAGCAAACCUUAAGAAGUCCUCUACCCGCCGCUCUGCAAAGUGGAGCUUGCCACGCCUGGCUCCAGCCUCCUCCCUGCCCUCUCUAUUGGGUCGGCGCUCCAGCUCCAUGUUGACGGCGUCCCGCGAGAGCCUCUCAUCCUCUCACUCUGGAGACCUCAGCGAGGCCAGCCUCCACUCCCAGCAGGGGGCGCUGGGCGCUCCGGUCGUGCCGCAGCCCAGUGGGUCGCCGGCUGCCGCAGCUCCAGCUACACCGAGCAAAGUGGAGCCUGCCAUGUCCAAGCAGGAGGAAGAAUCGCUUCGAGCUCAGGUCAAAGACCUGGAGGAGAAGCUGGAAACGUUGAAGAUGAAGAGGACGGAGGACAAGGCCAAGCUGAAGGAGCUGGAGAAGCACAAGAUCCAGCUGGAGCAGCUGCAGGAGUGGAAGACCAAGAUGCAGGAGCAGCAAGCAGAGCUGCAGAAACAACUCAAAGAGGCCAAGAAGGAUGCUCGGGAGGCGCAGGAGGCCAAGGAUCGCUACAUGGAGGAGAUGGCGGACACUGCAGACGCGAUAGAGAUGGCCACGCUGGACAAGGAGAUGGCCGAGGAGCGAGCGGAGUCGCUGCAGGUGGAGGUGGAUACGCUGAAGGAGAAGGUGGAGGAGCUCUCCAUGGAUCUGGAGCUGCUCAGACAUGAAAUUUCAGAGAAAGGUUCAGACGGAGCCGCCUCCAGCUAUCAGGUGAAGCAGCUGGAGGAGCAGAACGGCAGACUGAAGGAGGCUUUGGUCAGGAUGCGGGAUCUGUCCGCCUCAGAGAAACAGGAACACGUGAAGCUGCAGAAGCAGAUGGAGAAGAAGAACGCCGAACUGGAGACGCUGAGGACUCAAAAGGAGAAACUUCAGGAGGAGCUCAAGCAAGCGGAGGCCACCAUUGACGAGCUGAAGGAGCAGGUGGAUGCUGCGCUGGGGUCCGAGGAGAUGGUGGAGACGCUGACGGAAAGGAACCUCGACUUAGAGGAGAAAGUCCGAGAGCUGAGAGAAACCGUCACCGAUCUGGAAGCCAUCAACGAGAUGAACGAUGAGCUGCAGGAGAACGCCCGAGAGACGGAGAUGGAGCUGAGGGAGCAGGUGGACCUGAGUGGAGCGAAGGUCCGGGAGGCCGAGAAGAAGGUGGAAGCCGCUCAGGAGACCGUCGCCGACUACCAGCACACCAUCAACAAAUACAGAGAGCUCACCGCCUCGCUACAGGGGGCCAACCGAGAGCUGGUCAGCCAGCAGAGCGCAAACGCAGAGCAGUUUCAGCAGCCAACCGCUGAGCUGUUCGACUUCAAGAUCAAGUUUGCAGAGACCAAGGCCUACGCCAAGGCCAUAGAGAUGGAGCUGAGGAAGAUGGAAGUGGCUCAAGCCAACAGACACGUCUCCCUGCUCACCUCCUUCAUGCCGGACUCCUUCCUGCGGCACGGCGGAGACCACGACUGCAUCCUGGUGCUGCUGCUCAUUCCCAGGCUCAUCUGCAAGGCCGACCUGAUCAGCAAACAGGCGCAGGAGAAGUUUGACCUGAACGGGACCCCGGUGCAGGGCUCGGGGCUCAGGGGGCCUCCAGGAGAGCAGCGCAGCUUUGCCUCUGGACUGGUGUACUCCCUCAGCCUCCUGCAGGCCACCCUGCACCGAUACGAGCAGGCUCUGAACACGUGCAGCGUGGACGUCUUCAAGCGCAUGGGGACGCUCUACUCCGAGAUGAGCUUCCACGAGCGCGCUCUGGAUUAUUUCAUCGACCUGCUGCACAAAGACCAAUUAGACGAGACGGUUCAAGGAGAACCGCUGACCAAAGCCAUCAAGUACUAUCAGCAACUGUACAGUGUUCAUUUGGCGGAUCAAAGCGAGGAUUGCACAGUCCAGCUGGCUGACCACAUCAAGUUCCUGCAGAGCGCCCUGGACUGCAUGGGCGUGGAAGUUGCUCGUCUGCGGGCGUUCCUGGCGGCGGGUCAGGAGAGUUCUGGUUUGGCGGUCCUCCUGAAGGACCUGGACACCUCCUGCUCCGACAUCCGGCAGUUCUGCAAGAAGAUCCGGCGCCGCAUGCCCGGAACCGACGUGGCGGGAGUCCCUGCUGCCCUCAGCUAUGGCGCGCAGGUUUCGGAGACGCUGACUGAGUGCAGGCGGCAGCUGACAUGUGCGGUUGCAGUCCUGCAGGAAGUUGCUGCAACUGGAGCUCAGCUGGUUGCUUCUCUGGGAGAACAGGAAGGCCUGAACGCCCUCAAGCUGGAGGACAUCGUAUGCAAAGCUGUGGAGAAGGUCGGCAGCUCCCAAAGCGUGAAAGGUCCCGAGUUUCUGCGUCAGUCCUGCAGCGCCGUCAUCGCGACCAUGAACAAGAUGUCCACCGCCAUGCAGGAAGGGGAGUAUGACGCUGAGAAGCCUCAGGGACAGGCCCCUCCGGUAGAGGUGAGAGCUUCCACCGUCAGGGCGGAAAUGACCGACGCAGAGGGUCUAGGAGUCAAACUGGAGGACAGAGAAACGGUCAUCAAGGAGCUCAAGAAGUCCCUGAAGAUUAAGGGUGAAGAGCUGAGUGAAGCCAACGUCCGCCUGAGCCUCCUGGAGAAGAAGCUGGACACUUCCACCAAAGACGCAGAUGAUCGGGUGGAGAAGAUUCAGACCAAGCUGGACGAGAACCUCGCCUUGCUCAAGAAGAAGGAGAAGGAGUUUGAGGAGACCAUGGACGCCUUGCAGGCUGACAUCGACCAGCUGGAGGCGGAGAAGGCCGAGCUGAAACUGCGCAUCACUAAUCAGUCGAAGAUGACCAUCGAAGGCCUGAGAGCCCCGCCCACCUCCGGAAUCGCCUCCAUUGUUCAGGGAUCUGCAGGAGAUGCUAACGGUCUCCUGACUCCAGCAGGUCUGGCUCCGCCCAUGCCGGGCGCCAUGCAGGUGGUGGACUCGCCUCUCCUCAGGCAGCAGGUGGAGGCUCAGAGAAUGGGCAUCAAGUUCCUGAAGAAUGAGAACAACAGGCUGAAGGCAGAGAAGAUGAGGGCUCAGCUCGCCUCCCUGCCUCCCCUCUGCCCCCCAAAACUCCCGCUAGCGCCCAGGGACAGCGCCGUGCCCCCAGUGGGGCUGAACACCGUCACCUACCGCAGGACGGACCAGCUGCUGACCACUCUGCUCAGGCUGAGCGCCGAGGUCAAAGUGGUGGACAUCACCGGGAAGACCACAGUCAGUGCCAGUGCCCAGCUGCUGGAGCAGACCGCUCGACUGAAGAAUCUCAGCGACGCUCUGGACAAACUGAAGGGGGAAGUUGCAGAGCACGUGGUUUCACACCAGCCAGGAGCCAGAGCCUCCUCAGACUUUGCCACCUUCCCCAUGUCCUCCUUCGUCAAGGCCAAGGAGAAGCAGGGAGGAACGGUGUUUGUGGGCCGCGUGGGGAUCCCAUGCGCACGUGGACAGGAGCACGUCCACCGCCUGGUCCUGUCUCAGCAGCAGCUCCAGCAGGUCCACCGGCUCCUCGCCAUCUAGAGCCCUCAGGCUCCAUCUUCUCAUCUCCUGUAACCCUUCUGACACUAACAGCAGCCUCCACAGAGUCCACAUCCUGGUUUGUCUUCUUGUAUCUUUUUGUUUUUGUAGAAAUUCUAAAAUAAAUAAAAUCACCUCGCUGUC